GGUGUUUUCUUGCAGCUUUGUGGUGUUUCUGAUCGAGAUGUCCGGUUUUUUCGUUUUUUUUUCAACACUUCUUCGAGGACGUAACAUACAAAGGAAGGGUAGUAUUAACGAAUCUUGGAAGGGGGAAUCAAGGAUGCUUUAUCUCAAGUCCAUGCUUAAGGUGAUCGACAACUCCGGUGCGCUCAUGGCGGAGUGCAUCAAGGUGAUGGGCAAGUCGCCAAAGAACUAUGCGUCUGUUGGUGAUGAAAUCGUGUGUGUCAUCAAGAAGGCCCGUCCGAUCAGUGCGCAAAUCACCGGUGCUUCUGCUUCGAACCGUGUUAAGAAGGGUGAUGUAGUACACGCAGUUGUCGUUAGAACCAAACAGCCGAUCCUCAGACCGGAUGGCUCCACCAUUAGAUUUGACGACAACGCAUGUGUCUUGAUAAAUAAGAACUCUGAGCCUAUCGGUUCCAGAAUCUCCAGUGUGGUGAGUAGGGAGCUGAAGGAGAAGAACUUCAACAAGAUCGUUGCAAUGGCUCCAAAGGCCAUCUGAAUCGCACAACGAGCGCUAAGCAUACAUAACAUUAAUAUACAUUACCCUUGUACAUAUUGGAAUCAAAUGUUUCUCUUCCAUUUAGCCUCGAUCGUACG